GGAACAUAUACUGAGCAAAAGAAAAGUGUAAUGGUGUGGUGGUACUGAAUUGACCCAACGGGUGAAAAGAAAGGUAACUUUCAAAAGUAGCAAUCUUUUUCUUGAUGUUUCUCUCUCUUUCUUAUAUUCGCACCACUCUUCCCUUCCAAAUCCUCACUCACUUAUAUCUUCUAUCUUGGCUAAGCUUCUUUGCCGCCAUUGACAAACAAUGUGUGAAUUUGGCUUGUCAUCAUCUCCAGAAGAGAAUCAAAACAUGAAGAAGAUCGUUUUCUCUUCUCUUCUUCUCUCUUACUUUCAUCUCCUUUGUUCGUUUAUCAUCACUCACCCAUUCUAUUUUUCUUACGUAUUCUUCUUCUCACCUUGCAUCUUCAAGAUUCUAUCUUUUCUCUCACCAGUCUUCGUUACCACCACACUCUUGCUUCUUGCUUUACUCAGUACUCUCCAUCUCCACGACACUUUUCCUGAUGCUGAGUCACUUGAAACCCAACCAGGCUUCCUCUUUUCCUUUUGUAGUAACCUCGGCAGUGUCUUGGAACCCAAGCUUAAUGUCAACAGUGAGAAUGUUAACUCAUUUGAGGAACUUGAAGCGUAUAAGUUGGUCGUUGAAGCUUGCUCGAUGGAAUGUGCGUCCGAGGAUGAGAGUAUGGAGGUAACGUUUGUUGACAAAUUCUGUAGCCAUGAGGUCAGCACCACCGUAUCGAAAGCUUUGACCGAUGACCCCUGCGACGAGCCAGUUGAGAUCCAACCGUUGAAGUUUGAGGAUCCGAUGGAUGUGGAAAAAGAAGAAGAAGAAGAAACAGAGAAGUGUGAAAAGAAAGAAAUCGAAGAAAAAGUCAAGCCAACAAGUGACGUUGUCAUCGAUAAUGAUGAAGGGCAGUUUUGGAAAGAGCCGACAAAAGAAGAAUCCAAGGCUCAAAAAGUAGAUUUUGUCGGAAAUUGUGAUGAUGAAAGCUAUGAUGUCCCAAGCCUGAGCGAGUUUCUCGGAGAAGAGAAGAAAAGUAAAGUGACUGAUGAGAAAGAAGAAGAAGAUGCUUCUCUUAAGAGCUUUGGGUCAAUGAGGAAAGAGAAAGAGUGGAGGAGAACAUUAGCAUGCAAGCUGUUCGAGGAGCGACACAACGCUGACGUAGGACAAGGGAUGGAUCAACUUUGGGAGACUUACGAGACCGAAACAGAGAAGAAGCAAACUGAAGAAGAUAAGAAGAAGGAUAAGAAGAAGACCAAGAGGUCGAUGAUGAUGAAGACUAAGAGCAUAGAGAAGAAGGAAGUAGUAGUGGAAGAGGAAGAAGAAGAUGAUGAUGGGAUUGAUCAGCAGCAACUGUGUUGCUUACAGGCACUGAAGUUCUCAACUGGUAAGAUGCAUUUGGGAAUUGCAAGGCCUAACCUUGUGAAGCUAUCCAAGGCUUUCAAAGGAUUUGGAAGGUUUUACAAUGCCCACAAGCAUCCCAAGAAAGCAUGAUGUAACAAGUAUAAACGUUGUAUUAAUGUUGAUCUUUUAUAUUAGUAGUACUGCUUCUGUAGUUUCCAUAGUUUUUAGCAAGCAUGUGAUUUGUAUGCAUAAGUUUCUUCAUCUCUUUACUGGGUCUAGCACAUUAUUAAUCUGUUCAACAGAUAAAAGACUCACACGCAGUGGCAAGUCUACACUCAAUGUGGGAGAGGCAUAUGCCCACCAUGAAUUUGCAAAUUUAGUACUGUUAUACAGAUUUUAGACAGUGUUUUGUUGUUUUUCCC